AUGCUAUCUAGUGUCGUGGACGAUAAAUAUAUAGGGUUGGCGUUGGCCAUGUCCUCAUCAUUGGCUAUCGGAACCUCUUUCAUCAUAACCAAGAAGGGUCUCUUGGACGCUUCCGCCAGAAACGGUGGAGAGUCAGUUCAGGCCAGCGAGUACCUUCAGAAUCCUAUCUGGUGGGCUGGGAUCAUCACUAUGGCCAUCGGGGAAAUUGCCAACUUCGCUGCGUACACGUUUGCACCUGCAAUCUUGGUCACUCCCUUGGGGGCCCUUUCUGUUAUUAUUGGAGCUGUUUUGGCAGCCAUCUUCUUGAAAGAAGAGUUGGGAACCUUAGGGAAGAUGGGGUGUGCCAUCUGUCUCAUGGGUGCCGUUAUUAUUGUUUUGCACGCUCCUCCUGACAAGGAAAUCGAGACCGUUGAUGAAAUCUUGGGCUACGCUACCAAACCAGGGUUCUUGUUUUACUGUUUCAUGGUUGCGUUGUAUGCGUUGUUUAUGAUCUACAAGAUUGUUCCCAAGUACGGUAGCACCAACCCUAUGAUCUACAUUUCUAUCUGCUCGCUGGUGGGGUCCAUCUCUGUGAUGUCCAUCAAGGCGUUUGGAAUUGCGUUGAAGUUGACCAUGGGUGGUAACAAUCAGUUCACUCACCUCUCCACUUACUUGUUUAUCUUGAUCGUUGUGUUGUGCAUAGUGACGCAGAUGAACUACUUCAACAAGGCCUUGGACCUGUUCGACACGUCUAUUGUCAACCCAUUGUACUAUGUCACGUUCACCACAUUCACUUUGUGUGCUUCGUUCAUCUUGUUCAGAGGUUUCAACACCGCCUCUGCUGUCAAUGUGAUUUCCCUCUUGAUUGGGUUCUUGAUUAUCUUUAGUGGAGUUUACUUGUUGAACAUUUCAAGAAAGGAAAACGAAGGCAGAAACAGAGAGUUGUUUGGAGUUCACAACAGCAAGGACAUGGCACCGCUAGACAACGGUGUAGGAGGUUUCUCAUCGAUGAGAAGGUCCAUGCAGGUCAACAGGAACGACUACCACGAGGAGGAGACCGUGGGGUUGAGGAGAUUCGAUAGCUUUGAGUUGGGCAGUGACGAUGACAGGAGGUAG